CUCCUCCACCAUACACACACGCGCCCGCCCGCGCGCGCGCACACUAACCCACCCCCUGUGAUGACAAACCCUCCAUUGCUGGUCCCUGGCAUGUCUGGUGUGGGCGAUGUGAUCUAAAACCGAUCCGGAGCAGACGACGCGUUGACGGAGAUGCGCAAAUAAGGCGGUCUGUCCUGCGCGGCGGGAUGAAGUAUGAGCGACGAUAAACGCGCAGAGAGAAAUCCGAGGCAACAUAAUCCCUGCGAGCAGCGGGGGGGACGAUGGGGACCGCUAUGGCUUCGAUGAAAACAUUAUUCCUGUGUCUGCUCUGGGGGCCCCAGUGCGCUCUGUGUCGCGAAGUGUUCCUUCCUCCUGGCACGCUGUACCGCGUGGCCGGGUUCCCCCUCUCGCUGCCCUGCGGCGUGUCCGGAUACGAAGGCCCGCGCACGCAGGACUUCGAGUGGUUCCUCAUUCGGGACGAUGCCGGAGGGAGGCAGAUGGGAGUGGUGUCCACCAGGGACGAGGGCUUCCCUUACGCCCCUUUCCAGGCCCGGGUGAGGAGUGGAGAGGUGAGGGUGGAGCGGGACUCGGGGGACAGAGUCCGGCUGGUGAUCCAGAGGCUCCGAGCGGAUGACCAGGGGAAGUAUGAAUGCUACACGCCUAGCACGGACAGCACCUACCAGGGGAACUACAGCACCACCGUGCCCGUCAAAGUGAUCCCUGACACGCUCCAGAUCAGCUUCUCCCGCUCGCUCACCGGCCAGCCCGCGCCCGAGGGCGCCGAGCUGACGCUGACGUGCUCGGCCGGCAUCCGCUCGGAGCAGCUCACCCACCUGUCCGUGGCGUUUGGGCGGCGCGGCGGGGGCGGGGAGGCCUCGGAGAGAGAGAUCAUCGCCAUCGACAAGCUGCUGGGGGUCGUCCCCGGACCCUCGUACAGGAAGCGCUACGAGGACGGAGAGAUCACGCUGGAGAAGAGGAACGGCGAGGCCGGCGUGGACGUGUACGUGAUGAAGAUGAGGGCGGUGCGGCCGCAGGACAGCGGCGCGUAUUUCUGCGAGGCCUCCCAGUGGAUUCGGGACCCCGAUCGAUCGUGGCAGAAGAUCGCCCAGAGGACGCUGGAUAUUGGAAACUUGACCGUUCAGCAACUAGCGGAGUCUCUGAGCAUAACGUCCUCGCCCAAGGGGGAGGUGAUGCUGCAGGUCGGGUCCCCUCUCAUCCUGACCUGCGAGGUGUUGGGCCUGCCGUCCGGAGUGCGCUCGGGCCUCCUGGUCCAGUGGAUGAAGAAGGGAUCAGAAAGCGACGGCGUGGCUGGCAGCGGUGCAGUCGAGGUGGAGGUGGCCCGAAUGAGCCCGGACGGCGUCGUGAGCUGGGGGGACGACCUCAGCCGUGCAAGCGGGGGCUCGAUGGAAAAAGUGGCCGAGGGGCGGUACUCUCUGAAGCUGUUCUCGGCCCGGCCCUUGGACUCGGGGGUGUAUCGGUGUGUGGUGAGUGUGUAUGCCGGCGAAGGGAACCCUGGAGCUUCUACUCCCGCAACGCUCACCCAGAGGUCCGAGGGAGUCACCGUCAAACUCAAGAGCAAAGAUGUGCUCGUUGCCGCGGUGGCCCACCUACCCCGAGGGCCGCUUUUAAAGCGAGGCAGCACCAUCACCCUCAUCUGUAACGCCACGGUGACGACCACAGGCCGCGCCCAGGCACAGGUGCAGUGGCUGCGCUGGCCAAUCCCCGAACGAGGCGCCAAGAAGACAGGGAGCCAAGCGUUGGAUGUCACUGUGCCGGACCCGUCUGUGGAGAAAAAGCCCACACUGGUGGCUGCCCUCAUGUACGACGGUGUCGCCAAGGUUUACACCAACGGCAGCGAGGUCAGCGUGGAGCGCCUGUCGGCCGGCAGCUACAGGCUGAGGGUCCACGCGGCGACGACGGAGGACCAGGGCGUCUACGUGUGUCACGCCCAGGCGUUCGGCCAGGACCCUCAUGGAGGCUGGUACAACACGGGGGCCAAAGCCGAGUCCAAUGCGGUGACUGUUUACCUGUAUGCCAGAGCUGCUGACCUCGUCCUCAUCCCUUUGGUCAUCGGGGUCUCCUCUUCCUUGUUUGUGGGCAUCGUCAUCAUCGCCACGGUAACCUGCUGCUUCAUGAAGCGACUAGCCAGGCAGCGGGCUGUAAAGUAGAUGUUCGCCGUCUCCGUCUGUCUGAAAUCUGAAUGUUCGCAAAGACGCACAAAAGGGGGGAAUACGCAGAACACAAUGGAUCAAAUGGCAGGGUAAAAUGAAGGGAAAAAUGACUGGCCCUGUUUAUUUUCUUUUUGUUGUAUUUUGAUAAACCUGUUUGAUGUUCAAUGCCAAAAUAAUCAGUUUUUUUAUUUUAUUGUAUUUUUAUAUUCAAACUGUCUGACCAAAUUUGAGUUGAUUGCUUAACCUCACAGCCAUAGGCGUAAUAUUCUAGAUUUUUUAAGCCACUAUCAAAUUGUAGAAAUACUUUUUUUUUUUAUCUUUAGCGUAAACCGUCGUUUAGUUCAAAUUAAAGAGAAGUGAAAAAUACAACACAAAAGACUGUUGUUACCAGGUCAAAAGCAUAAAAGGUACUGCAGGUUUAUUUUGAGUGUCUCAAAUGAGGAACCUUGUGAAUGCCGCAAAACAGUGUAUAUUUUCCACAGAUAAUCUGAGCAAACGGAAGUCACAGUGUGAUUGUUACAGUUUAAAAAAAGGCGUCUCCGCCUGUAAAAGCUCUAUUUUCACGUAAAGAAUAUACGAUCAAAAAGGUCACAAAAGGUAGAUUAUUUUCCAGUAGUUCUCUCCCUUAAACUGCAUGUAUUUUUCUAAAUGUCCGUGCAUGGUGAAGCCUCUAGCACUGCCACUGACAGUCACAUGAAUGCUGAUGGGAGCAGUUUAGCUUCCACGCGCUUAAUCUGCACAGGGACCUUCCACUGCCUGCAGCCCAGCAGCACUCUGCACGUAAACAAAGUCUCUGUCUGUUACUUAAUAAGGAAGGCGCCGGCCCGGGGGCUCGAUGAUGCCAAGACCAAUUGAAUAUCAGUUCUAAACACAAGAAUUCUUUGCUCGUGAUACUACGUGCUGAGGUGAGUUUUCCAUACAGACUGGUGUAGAUUUGAUGAGGAGAAAUGAUACAGAUGCCCAUUAUGCACUGAGCUAAAAUGUGUAAAUAUUGUAUGGAGUUUAGCUGUUUUAUUUUUUCUUAAUGUGAGUACCUCUUUUACAAAGCACUAGUGUUAAACAUUCUGCAGCAGUCUGCCCUUUUGAAGCACUCUGAGACAUAUGGGACCGGGACCAAAGCCCCUCGGUAUUCUUCUAUUACUUGAUUUCCUUCCAGCUGAAAAAUCACUUCUUUGCUCUUCCAGGGUAAAUACGGUUGAGUGUUUUUCCUUCUUUUUUGGUGCAGUGAAUGGUUUGUGUGUUCUUGUAACUGAGACAGAAAAACAGUAGAGCAAAGAACAGAGUUUGUGAUGCUAAAAAACAUAUUUGUACCCAAUGUUUAAAUCUCCUGAGCAGCAGUCAUACGACGUAGUUCAGUGGAGUCAAACUCGCAUCAUCACCUAUCAUGUACCCAAGUUGCUGCUGGCCCUCAGAAAUCUGUUGGACAGACUCACUGUGUCUGCACACUGUGAAAUCCAUCCUUCUCUUCCUAUCAAAAGUAAAACUUAAGAAAAGUUUGGUCAUGCGAGCCUGGUUGACCAUUUAAAGUUAGAGACACGUAUGAGAAAAGGAGGAAACAUUUGGUGGGCAGUUCCUUUUUCCUGCUUUGAAUCUGUUUGCAUUGACUUGUACUCUGCUGUGUCAGUCAGUCAUUAUUGUCUGUCUCCUGUUGUUUUUUUUUCGAUGUGAGAGUUCCUUUAAAUAUGCCUGAUAUAUAAACGUCGUUCACAACCAAUGGGGAAUAAAGUCACAGCUCUGCUUGCUUCCCGAGCCACUUUGUUCCAGAUCUACUACUCAAAGCUGAUUUGUUCCCCCGCAUAUUCCCCACACAUGAUUAUAUAGUUACACGCACAAAUGCACAUGCAACAGUGCAGCAGCAGCAGCAGCGCUGGCUGGAAUUUCAGAUUCAAGUAAGUGAGUAUCUGCGUGUUCGUCUCUAAUCCCUGUUUAUGGCAGUGUCCUGCUGCCCUUCCCCCACUCUCUCUCUCUCUCUGUCUCUCUCGCUCUCUGUGUCUUUCUGACACAGAGUCAGUUUGGCUUGUGUUGUGCUUCAUUUCCAAUCUCUGUUUACCGAGAAACACGGCUGACUGUAAAAUGUGCAGCACGUGGCGUGCAAAGCAGCAGUAAAAGUUGUGCUUUUGUUUGAGGAUAAAUGUUAGACCCUUUUCAUGAAGGUGUUAUGUUUUUGACUGUUGUACUCAUGCUUUAAAACCACUGUUCCUGAAUGCAUGGAUUGAAAUACACAAAGGCUGGUUACUGCUGAGUUUCUGAUGGUGCUUUGGCAGACCUGCCAGCUGAAUAAACGUAUAUACCACUCUGA